AUGAGCUUAUCAGAACAUAUCAGAACGAACCUUUUUGAAGUGGAGCAAAAGUGUCAACGAAGGAACCAAGCUUCCGGACCACGACGGACAAAUGGUGCCGCUGCCAGUUCUGAGGCAGGGCUUUGUCGGUGCUGUGGCUUGCAGUCUUACAGAAUAUUUCUCUACCGCACCUGCGCCUUGGAGUCUACGGCGACGGUUCGUUUGGGCAAAGACUUGGCGCAAAGUUGGACGACACGUGAGAUACUUCAUGCUGCCGAGAUACAUUUGGAGGAGUUCGAUGUGGUUCACGCAGUCGUCGCCUUGCAUCGCAUUGCAAAAAGCACCGACCGCGAAAACCUUCGACAUGAUCAGCGCAUGGUGGCGGUGCUUUCAAAGGUUGCCGCAACCGCUGCAUCUGCUGCAGUGCCUUCAUCCGGAGGUGAGAUGCCUCAUGUCAAAGAAGUCUCCAAAGCCUUGUGGGCGCUGGCCAAGGUUGGGCCUUGGUCAGACAAUUUCGAAGGCCUUGGCCCGCGUGGCCUCGAGAGUGGCUCCUGGAGCGGCAGGGCGUGGACAGGCGUGUACAGAAGCCUCAAGGCCCUGGGGAGCUCUGCCAUUGAACGCGUGCACGAGUUGGACAGUCAUGGCCUGUCGAAUGUGGCUUGGAGCCUUGCGGUGGCCCGCUUCGACCAUAGCGGCUUUGUGGCGGCGAUUGCCCGAAGCGCCUUGAAGCUCCUACCAGAUUUUCAGGCUCAAGGUCUCGCGAACACUGCCUGGGCCAUGGCCCGUCUCCUGGCAGAACCUGAGGCCUGCGCUGCAUUCUUGUUCUUGCCUUCUGUCCAGCUGAAGCUGCUUCCAGGGACGAGGGAUUUCACGCCACAGGGCUUGGCAAACAUUGGCCUAGACGGAGUCCUCAACGAACUGUCAAAGAUGCAGGAGUUGUAUCGUGAUGCCGAGACACGGCGCCAAUCUGUCCAGCAAGCAGUGGAGUGGCAUCGGGAGACAUUGCUACGGUCUGCGGGGGAAAGCACGCCUUUGACGGUUGCCCUCGGAGAAGAGGUACCUCAGCAGGUUUCCAAGGAAUUCCUUGCGCGAUCCCCGAUGGCAUCCCUGCCCACCGCAUUUCAGCCCACUGUUCCAGAUACACUGGAAAACAGUCAGCCGUCCUACACGACAACUACAAGCCCAAGCAGCUCCCAGACGGUGAGCCUGCGACCUGAACAGACGGCACAGGUCGAACAAUCAAAGGAUACCUGGACAGCUGCUGCAGAAUAUGCAGUUCAGAGGAACAGUGGCAGUAAGAGGAAGACAUCGGCGGACAAGAGGCCAUCUGAGAAGCGGCCAUCUGACAAAAGGCAUAGCGACCAGGAGGUCAUCGAUUCAUGGGCUGCAGCAGAGAUGCUUCAGCUUAGUGGCGAGGAUCGGAGGAUGGGCCGCUUUGACACAAUCAUCGGAGUUCUUGUCCUUCUGAAUGCCUUUGCCAUGGCCCUCAACUUGGAAUGCUUGGGCUCGAAAUCAGCAACAAGCCUUGGUAUAACUGGUGGAAUUCCUUGGUGUGAGACUGAACCUAUCCUUGACGUGCUGGAGCAUGUCUUUGUUGUGGUAUUUGGCCUUGAGCUGGUGUACCGGCUGUACUGCGUAAGAUGCGAGUACUUUCGCGAUUAUUGGAAUUGGCUGGAUGCUACGCUCGUGUUGAUUGCAGUGGCAGACCUGUAUUUGCUGGACCCUCUGCUGUCCGAAACACCGGCUCACAAUGCAACGACGCUGCGCGUGUUCCGGGUGGUCAAACUUGCUCGAGUUGUUCGCAUCGUUCGAGCACUCCGUCUUUUUCGAGGUCUGCGAGUGCUUGUGCACGCCUGCAGCUCCUUCUUGCCUUCCUUGAGCUGGUCUAUGGCACUGCUUGGCCUCUGCAUGCUUUCUGGCGGCUUGCUGAUAGGAAAUCUGCUGCAGGAUUACAUCAGCGACGAGUCACAGGACCCAGAGUGGCGGUUAUGGGUGUGGCAGCACUACGGCACCUCAUAUCGAUCCAUUUACACAAUGUACGAACUGACAUUUGCGGGAAAUUGGGGCGUCUAUGCAAGACCGGUGCUGGAGCACGUGAGCCAUGCAUACGUCUUAUUUUAUGUGGUGUACAUCACCUUCAUUGUGUUUGCAGUCAUUCGAGUAAUUACCGCCAUUUUUUUGAGGGAGACCUUAGAGGCGGCAAACAAUGAUGCUGAGCUCAUGGUCCAGGAAGGUUUGCGAAGAAAAGCCACCUACAUCCACAAGCUUGAGAGCAUAUUCAAUGCUAUUGAUGAGAGCCAGGACGGUCUGAUUGAUGAGGAAGAGAUGAAUGAGCUCUUCAUGGACUCGCGCGUUACAACUUACUUGGAAACGCUCGACAUUGACGUGAUGCAGUCAAGCGCGCUCUUCCACUUGCUUGCAAACGGUGACGGGCAAAUUACUUGUGCCGAUUUUAUAGAUGGCAUCCUGCGGUGCAAGGGCCCUGCAAGAGCCAUCGACCAGAUCAUGAUGCAAAAAGAUGUCCGAAUGGUGGCAGAACAAGUCAAGACACUGACAAACUCAUUGGAAAAUGCGAACAUUAUCGCAAAGCAGCCACAAAGAGCUUCCUGGAGCAGACACCGCAGAAAGUCCAUCAUUGAUGACCAGAUUACGCUGCUUGGCACGGCGAAAAUGACAGAUGCGGCACGGUAUGCCCCGUGA